AUGGCUGACGAUACGAAGACAAAGGAAGCCUCCACUUGUGACCUGCGACUUCCACGAGAUAUUUUCCAAAAUAGGUUUUAUUAUCAGGUCUUAUACCACAAGUUUCUUCUCAUAGCGAUACUCUCCUAUUCUGGAGGAUGGUUGAUGGCUAGAUUCAGUGGAACGGCUUUUGACGUUAUGCUGAUUAUUACGAUUGCGGGCUGUUUGGUUCCACUAGCUGUUAUUUCAAUUUUAGUUCAAGUUGUUCUGGACUUGUGGUAUGUUUUCGUUGUAGGCAUUGCCGUAGCCUAUGUGAAGCGCGAGGUACUAAGGUACUACUUCAUAAGGAAAUUUGGUUGGGAUGCCACAGUCGUUCGUUCAUUUAUGCUUCUAAUAAGUGAAAUGGAUUCUGGACAAGACUUGGCAAAAUGGGACAUCAUUGCGGCAAAAAUGAACUCAAUUUUAAACACUCAAAGCUGGUGGGCCACACCUUACUACUUCUACGACGGCCAAAGUUGCCACUCUUUGUUCAGUGCUAACUUUUAUGGGCCACAUGUCAACAACGCAAAGUAUUUCCCUCCCGAGACCAGGUCGUUUAUAGACAGUGCGGUAAAAGUCUACAUGCAGGCGCUCAACAAGCAGCAGCCUGGGGUUUUUGAAGAAAGCUCUACAGAGAAGGCCGAAGUUGAGAGUGAUAAGUCAUUUGAAGUGGUCACACCGCCUGAGAUCCGAGUUAGUACACCCGUAGAAACAUAG